UUGGAUGAACAAGAACGCUUAUUUGGUGAGUGCUAUUGUAGAACUCUUAUGAUUGCUUGAAAAAGUUCUGGUUAUUUGACUGAGUUUUGAUCAAUUAGGAACUUUUUCAUGUUCCUUGUUUGAGAUUGUUGGGGAGAUAAAAGAGAGAUUGUCGAGAGCUUUCUAACAAUUUGGUCUGAGGGGUGAUUUUGGUCCCUGAAAAUGGGUAGCAAGAAAACUAUAGUUUGGUUUAGGAGGGACCUAAGGAUUGAAGACAAUCCGGCCUUAGCCGCUGCUGCAAGGGAUGGUGGUGUCUUUCCUGUCUAUAUAUGGUGCCCUAAAGAAGAAGAGCAGUUCUAUCCUGGUCGAGUAUCGAGAUGGUGGCUGAAGCAAUCUCUUGUCUACUUGGGACAGUCAUUGAAGUCUCUUGGGGUUGAACUUGCUUUGAUCAAGGCGGAGAGCACCCUUGCUGCGCUUUUGGGUUGCAUCGAGGGUACUGGUGCAAGAAAACUGGUUUUCAACAAUCUUUAUGAUCCCAUUUCACUAGUUCGUGAUCACAGCAUUAAAGAGAAACUGGCAGAACGAGGCAUUUCUGUGCAAAGCUAUAAUGGUGAUUUGUUGUAUGAACCGUGGGAAAUAUAUGAUGAAAAAGGACAUGCUUUUACAACCUUUGAUGCUUACUGGAAUAAGUGCUUGCACAUGCCAACUGAGCCUGUUCUGCAUCUACCCCCUUGGCGAUUGGUGCUGGUUGCAGGGACAGUGGAGAAGUGCUCCAUUGAGGAGUUGGGUCUUGAAAAUGAAUUGGAAAAAUCCAGCAAUGCCUUACUAGGAAGAGGGUGGUCUCCAGGUUGGAGCAACGCGGAGAAGGUUUUUACUGAAUUUGUUGAACAUCAUCUACUUGAUUAUUCAAAGAAUAGGCAAAAGGUUGGGGAGAACGCCACAUCCCUUUUGUCCCCAUAUCUACAUUUUGGAGAGUUAAGUGUGAGAAAAGUCUUCCAAAGUGUGUGUAUGAAACAAAUACUUUGGAGAAGAGAACAGAAUUCUCAAGGUGAAGAGAGUGUAAAACUUUUCCUGAAGGCAAUUGGUCUUAGAGAAUACUCCCGUUAUCUUUGCUUCAACUUCCCAUUCACUCAUGAGAGGUCAUUGUUGAGCAACUUGAAAUAUUUUCCUUGGAAUGCUGACCCUGGCCACUUCAAGGCCUGGAGACAGGGUAGGACUGGUUAUCCAUUGGUGGAUGCUGGAAUGAGAGAGCUCUGGGCUACUGGUUGGAUACACAACAGAAUAAGAGUGAUUGUUUCGAGUUUUUCUGUGAAAUUUCUUCUUCUUCCAUGGAAAUGGGGGUUGAAGUAUUUCUGGGACACACUUUUGGAUGCAGAUUUAGAGUGUGAUAUCCUUGGUUGGCAGUAUAUCUCUGGGAGCUUGCCAGAUGGCCACAAGCUAGAUCGAUUGGACAGCCCACAGAUUCAAGGCUCCAAAUAUGACCCAGAGGGUGAGUACGUAAGACAGUGGCUACCAGAACUAGCAAGAAUGCCCACUGAGUGGAUUCAUCAUCCUUGGGAUGCACCACUCACUGUGCUUAAAGCUGCAGGGGUGGAGUUAGGUUUAAACUAUCCAAAACCAAUAAUUGAUAUAGAUUCAGCUCGGGAAUGUCUGACUGAAGCUAUAUUUAAAAUGUGGGAAAUGGAAGCAACUGCAAAGGCUGGGACUUUGGACAGUACAAUUGUUGUUGAUAAUUCAUCAAGCAUUGAGAAUUCAGCCAUUCCCAAAGUAAUCCUUGAGGAAAAGGGUCCUUGUCCCACCAUUUCAUCUAAUGAUCAGAAGGUGCCAUCGGUUCAAAAUUGCAAAAAUGGUUCAUCUAAUAGGAAGAGACCAAAACAUAUUGAAGAAGAGAAGUGCACAAAUAAAUUUGACAAUCACAUGACAGAAGUUUCUACCUCAAAAACAAAUGAAGACCUCUGCUCGACUGCUGAAUCUUCUGCAUCUAAGAAGCAUAAUUCUAGCAGAAUUUCAUUUUCGGUUCCCCAAUCUUGUUCUUCAUCUGACAGCAGGCCUGUUGAGUAUGAAUCUCCUGAUAUUAACCAGUCAAGGCAAGAAAGGAUUGACUUGGAGCAGAGUUCUAGCAAAACUGGAGCUAUCAGAUAUUAGUACCGGUAUGUCACUUCUCUCUUGGAAAAUGGUCGGUUCACAAGUGCACUGCAAUUUCAUGUUAAUGUAGGCUAAUGUAGACAUGGUUUCUUUUACUCCUGUCUGCCAAUCAUCAUUUUAUGUAUCCUUUCCUUUUCUCUGCUUCUCCGAGGACAGAGCAUGCAGCAUGCUUCCUUGCGUUUGUAAGUCACCCCACCCACCCACCCCCCGCCCAACCCUUUUUUUUUUCUUUUCUUUACCAACGCUUGUGUUUGUACAUUUACCUUGUGAAUUAGCAUGCUUAUGUCACCCUGUUUACAUCACCUAAGCAAUAAAUAAAUGCUUUCUUUCUAUUAUCCAUCUGUUCUUGGUUGAUGCUUGUUCUUGGCACAGGAUGCUCUAGAUUCUUCAUUUGCUUUGUGUACGGUGGAAGUUAGUUUGCUUAGCUAUUUGCAAGCAUUCACCUUGUUUCUGUUCCUUAUUCUGGGUUGUUACAUACUUAAAAUACAGCAUUUCCAACACA